CACUGACAGGGUUGGAGGACGACCAGGUGGAUGAGGCGCCAGUCGACAGGGAAACAAGGCAACAGAACAUCCAAUCCAGCAUGGUGGGAAGGAGACGCGGCUCCAGAGCCAGCAGUGGGUCCCAGCAGCCCCAACAUCAACGCAGGGGGGGAUCCUGCAAGACUCUGAGGGAUCCAGCAUUAUUUGCCAAGGAAGCAGGAUAUGAGUCGGAGAUCCCUCAUGAAAAGCUGACCAUCGCCCAAGCCAAGAGAGGCACGCCAGCAAUCCGGCCGGUCCGAGUCUAUGCUGAUGGGAUCUUUGACCUCUUCCACUCUGGACACGCUCGUGCUCUGAUGCAAGCCAAGAACCUGUUCCCCAACACACAUCUCAUAGUGGGAGUCUGCAGUGAUGAACUCACACACAGGUAUAAGGGCUACACGGUGAUGACAGAGUCUGAGCGCUACGAAGCCCUGAUACACUGUCGCUAUGUGGAUGAGGUGGUACGGGAUGCUCCCUGGACCCUCAGCCCUGAGUUCCUGAAGAAACAUAAGAUUGACUUUGUAGCGCAUGAUGAUAUCCCAUACACCUCUGCUGGGUCAGAGGAUGUCUACAAACACAUCAAGGAAGCAGGGAUGUUUGUGGCCACACAGAGGACAGAUGGCAUCUCUACAUCUGACCUCAUCACCAGGAUAGUGAGAGACUACGACCUCUAUGUCCGACGCAACCUGCAGAGAGGCUACACAGCCAGUGACCUCAACGUUAGCUUCAUCAGGGAGAAGAAAAUCCGUCUGCAAAACCAGGUGGAUCGUAUGAAGGAGACAGUGAAGACAGUGGAGGAGAAGUCCAAGCACUUUGUGCACUCAGUGGAGGAGAAGAGCCAAGACCUCAUCCACAAGUGGGAGGAGAAGUCCUGGGAGUUCAUUAGCAAUUUCCUGGAGUCGUUUGGUCCAGGUGGAGCGUGGCAUGUGAUCCAGGAGAAGAGUGGGCGCAUGCUCCAGGCCCUGUCACCCUACGCAUCGCCCAUCGCCUCGCCCCGUGGCUCCCCCAGCAGCAGCCCCACCAGAGGACGCUCCCCAUCGCCCCCCUCCUCUCCCUCCCCUCCCUCCUCUCCCUCCCCUCCCUCCUCUCCCUCCUCCCGUUGUCCUCGUUCCUACCCCAAGGGUGCAUCUGCUCGUCCCACAACUUCCCUCAGCAGCACGAGUGAGGGGGAUGACGACGAGAAGUAGAGACGGCACUGUCACUCAAACACUCAGUGUACAGGUAACUGCCGAAAUAAAGGAAACACUUGAAGAAACACUUGAGUAAAUAAGGGAAACAAAGUGUAUUGAAAGCAGGUGCUUCCACACAGGUGUGGUUCCUGAGUUAAUUAAGCAAUUAAAACAUCCCAUCAUGGUUAGGGUCAUGUGGUAGCUUAGUGGGUAAGAGCGUUGUGCCAGUAACCGAAAGGUCACUGGUUCUAAUCCCCGAGCCGAC